AACAUAAUAGAUUUACAACCUUCAAUUCCUCCAGAAACCCUAAAUCUAAACACAGGAAUCCUGAAUUCCACCCAGAAAUACUUUAGUAAACAGCGCUAAACAACCAGACAUUAAAACUAAAAUCUGUUUAAGCCCUCUCGCCUCUGAUCCUCCUGGCAAGCUGGAUAUCCUUGGGCAUGAUGGUGACCCUCUUGGCGUGGAUCGCGCAGAGGUUAGUGUCCUCGAACAAUCCGACCAAGUACGCCUCGGCGGCCUCCUGGAGGGCAGAGACGGCGCUGCUCUGGAACCUCAGAUCCGUCUUGAAAUCCUGGGCGAUUUCCCUCACCAGCCUCUGGAACGGAAGCUUCCGAAUCAACAGCUCGGUGCUCUUCUGGUACUUGCGGAUCUCCCUCAGCGCCACGGUUCCCGGCCUGAAUCGGUGAGGCUUCUUCACUCCUCCAGUCGCCGGGGCCGACUUCCGCGCCGCCUUGGUCGCCAGCUGCUUCCUCGGCGCCUUCCCGCCGGUGGAUUU